GUGGCCUCAGGGACGUCACUGGCCUGUUUUGGAGGAGUUGGGAGGAAGAUGGCGGGGUCCAAGGUGAAGCAGGACAUGCCUCCUCCGGGAGGCUAUGCUCCCUUUGAUUAUAAGAGAAAUCUACCGAAACGAGGGCUUUCGGGAUAUAGUAUGUUCGGCAUUGGCAUCGGCAUCAUGGUAUUUGGUUACUGGAGGCUAUUCAAGUGGAACAGAGAGAGGAGGCGAUUGCAGAUUGAGGAGCUGGAAGCCAGGAUAGCUCUAAUGCCUCUGUUACAGGCUGAGCAUGACCGAAGAACCUUACGGAUGCUGAGGGAAAACUUGGAAGAAGAGGCAGUCAUCAUGAAGGAUGUUCCCGGUUGGAAGGUUGGGGAGAGCGUCUUUCACACAGACCGCUGGGUCACCCCUCUGUCAGAGGAGCUGUUCAACCUCAGGCCCCGCGAAGAACUUUUGCACAAGCGUUUCGGCUUCUUGUGGUACGCUUGAGCACCAACGAGGCCAGCAGCAUCAGGAGCUCCUCCACCUUCCACAGCUGGUACCACCUGGACCUGAGUGGUUGCUUGUAAAUGUUCAAAUUAAAGUAUGUUUUUCUGUACCUCA